CGACAACGUUCGACAGAUAUUGGAUCCUGCCAUUUUUUAUCAGCCGCAGGCUAAUUUAGUUGACCUUCUACCUGGUGUUCGGUUGUAUCCAUUCGGUCCUAUAGAUCUCUGCACUCCAAUGAACAUAUUUGUAAGUCGGUGCGUUGCAUGCGACACUGAUUCCAACUCUGCCUCUUGACUGCCUUCGCCUCAGCCAGGCAAACUAAAUGUGGCGGCCAUGACAAAUUUGGGACACCAGUGGUGCUUGGGAUAAUGGGGUACCCUUCACCCGUUUCUUACACCCUCCCGAUGCAUGCAAGGGGGUGUCCACCUGGUUGGUUAGACCCUGGUCGGCACGCUGCUGAUCUUUCGCAUUAUCGUGGGCAUUGCGGCUCAAGAUCGUAUCCUUCUCUGACCCUCUCCCCAGGAAAUUAUCAACUGGGAAUUGGAUCCGCGUAUAUAAUGUCAAUGGUCAGGCCGAUAAUUCUCCUACGCCUGCUGGGAAAUAAACCACGCCAUGCUGGCUACUUUUUUCCUUCCUCUUUCUCGUUACUGCCAUUGACUAGAAAGCUGGACUGGAAGCUUUGCCACCCGGACUAUUCUAUUACGACAUCAUCUAAUAUACAUUUAUUUUCCUUUUUAAACGUACGUUUGACUUUACGUCCCAAUGGAUCACUUUCAGCAUUCAACGUUCUUGGAAUUUCCAUAUACCCAUGUCCAUCCUUUUUCGGGGAGUUACCUGGACUCGGAUGCCACUCAGACCAUGGACACGAACCAGACGGAGAAGGCGGUUGGGCAUUCGCAUCAUUGUACACUGGAUUCUGUUGGCAACGGCGGCUACAUAUUUUCCGACGCAUCCAACUCUCUCCAUAUGGCUGGGAAAAGCACAACGCAUGACCAGGUUCUUUUGCAGCGGAUCAAGCACUCCCCAAAUGGGAUUGACUUACACUAUGCCUUGAAUUCAGACGACUUCAUGCCGGCGUAUCGUAUUGGAGGAUUCCCAGGCGGAGAUAUGCGCGAGCUUGCUCAUGGCCUGCCGUUCCUGGACGGAUACUCUAUGUCAAGUGGAGGCUGGAACCGUGCCUCAAUAUUACCAUCAUCUCCUCCGUAUUCAGAAAGCGAUGCAUCGCUUAGUCCACGGAGCAGCUAUCUGGACAGUGCCACAUGCUACCCCCCGUUAGAUGGGAGAUACUACGACGAACCUGAUCAGAUGUACCAAACACCUGACUAUUCGGUGGCUCUGUGUCAAGUCCAGAGUCAUCCUGACAUGGCGUCUGAUAUCAGUACAGUCGGCGAAUGCAAUAAUACCGGUGAAACAGAGAGCAGUAAGGUGUCUGCCAUAUCAAACACACAAACCCCUCCUGAAUCUCUCGUCAAGCAUGGACGGAUGUCUCGUCGAAGCAAAUCUGGGCGACCAUCGCCCAACCGCGUCGUCAAGAAACGCCAGUCUUCAUCUCCAAAAAUCGCCACAAAUAGCAAUAACCAGUCUCCCACACGAGUUUUCACUUGCAGUUUCUCCCAUUACGGGUGUCCCAGUGUCUUCGUCUCGAAGAACGAGUGGAAGCGCCACGUCACAUCCCAGCACCUCCAACUAGGAUUCUACCGAUGCGAUGUGGGCGCGUGCAACGUCCGCAACCAAAGACCCCCAAGUCCGACAUCCACAACUUCUAACAAGGGGAGCCCCAAAGCUAGACAUACCAACGACUUCAACCGCAAGGACCUCUUCACACAACACCAGCGCCGCAUGCACGCCCCAUGGUUGGGCAGCAGCACGCGCCAACCAGCAUCGCAAAAGGAGCGCAAUGAUUUCGAGCGAAGCCUGGAACAGGUGCGGCGACGAUGCUGGCACGAGCAGCGUCGACCACCAGCACAGAGUCAGUGCGGGUUCUGCGCCAUGUUCUUCUCGGGCCCACGCAGCUGGGACGAGCGUAUGGAGCAUGUCGGACGGCAUUUCGAGCGGGACAAAGCAGGCGCUGUGGAGAAGGAGGACGUUCUCCUCCGCGAGUGGGCGAUUCAUGAGGGGGUCAUUCGCCUGGGAGAGGAUGGGGAGUUGAAAUUGACCUAUCUUCUUGAGAGUUAGUCUUGCUUCCACUCUUCUUUUAUUUCUUAUCAUAUUUCUUGUUCCUGCUAUAUACAAGCGAUGAUACCAGGUUUCUUUCCAGUUAGAUGAUUGUUAAAUAUGCGUGAUAUCCUAUCCCCUGCCUUGAUCUAUGAUUUGUGCAGUGUUUUGGUGUAAAAUUCCGGGUCUCGAUCUAUACAUGUACAUACAGUAUAUAUAAGAAAGUAGAAAUGACAUGAAACAGUAUCGAACA